UAUGUGAUCUGUCAAACCAAAAUAUGACAGUUUUUUUGUAACGGACUUAUUUUCUAUGUUUCUGUAAAAUUAUUUGUAUAUUUUCCCCAAAAUCCCUAGUGUUUUAUUAAUGAAGUUAUAGAGAAAGCGAAGCGGCAUCAUGGUAGGCCUGGGACCUGUGGGGCCAGGCCCCGGCGCCUACAUGCUGCCGCCGCUGGUGGGCUACCCUCACCACGACGCCACGCGCACCCGCUGGCCCGCAUACUCGCUAGGCGCGCGGGGCCACGGGCUGGGCGCGCGGGCCGGGGCGCCCGGGCCCCAGUACAAGGUCGACAAGGUCACACGGGAGGGCGAGAUCACAUCGCCCGCUUGGAGCUUUGGGUGUAGACUGAAGGGGCGCACGGCGGCGCAGCGCUCGCCGGGGCCGGCGGCGCACGCGCCCGAGCGCUGCCCGCGCCCCGGGCCCGCCGCGCCCGCCUACAGCAUGGGCGCGCGCCUGCACAGGACACAACAGAAAGGCGGCCCAGGCCCGAACGCCUACGCCGUGCGGCAGCCGCCGCCGCUGCCCGCCUACAGCCUCGGCGCGCGCCUCGAGCAGAGACACCUGAAGGUCGUGUCCCCCGGCCCAGCCAUGUACUACCAGAAGAGCCAGGAUGUCUACAAGUAUCGGCCCCCGACGUACUCGCUAGGCGCGCGGCUGGCAGGGCUCCGCCGGUCACAGGCCUCGCCCGGGCCCGCCGCCUACAAGCCCUGCACGGAUAACAACAAGAAGAGUUCCCUGGCGUAUUCGUUCGGCGUGCGGCACUCGCCGUGGGCGCCGCCGCUCGUCACCCCCGCCGACAACAUGGACUGUCUGUAGCCGACUGUAGCUGACAACGUGAUGUCCUCCUCAUCGUGAUCCGAUGACGGCGACCUCAGGGGCUAGUAGGACGUCUGCGGCGGUGCGCGCGGAUGUGACUCGCGAAACCCAGCUUCGUGGCAAAGGAACCCUUCGUCUGAAAUCCGGGACAGUAGAGCAAGGAAGGAAGGAAAAUUAAUAUAGGCUGGAAGUUUUUCCCAUUGUUACAAGAAUGUAAAUUUUUGGUCAAAAUAAAUAUUAAAAUGUAUAAGU